AUGCCUAUAACUCCUAUGACGCCCAUGACUCCGAUGACCCCUGUAGCAGAGUCCUCUGGGAUCAUUCCUCAGUUACAGAAUAUUGUGUCCACAGUGAAUUUAGCUUGCAAGCUAGACUUAAAGAAAAUUGCCCUACAUGCCAGAAAUGCAGAAUACAACCCAAAGAGAUUUGCUGCGGUUAUAAUGAGGAUUCGGGAACCACGAACAACGGCACUUAUAUUCAGCUCUGGGAAGAUGGUCUGCACUGGGGCAAAGAGUGAAGAGCAGUCACGGCUGGCAGCUAGAAAGUACGCUCGAGUUGUACAGAAGCUGGGAUUCCCUGCAAAAUUUCUCGACUUCAAAAUUCAGAACAUGGUUGGAAGCUGUGACGUGAGGUUCCCCAUUCGGCUCGAAGGACUGGUUCUUACCCACCAGCAAUUCAGCAGCUAUGAACCAGAAUUGUUUCCAGGCCUCAUUUACAGGAUGGUGAAACCAAGGAUUGUACUACUCAUUUUUGUGUCUGGAAAGGUGGUAUUAACUGGUGCUAAAGAACGUUCUGAAAUAUAUGAAGCAUUUGAAAAUAUAUAUCCUAUCCUGAAAAGUUUUAAAAAGCAAUAA